AAACGGAGUGUGUGCCCGUCGCCCUGGCCAUUCUGCACCUUCUCGUCUCUGCAACAUUACAUGCGCUCCGUGUAUCCCGUGUGCGCGUGUGUGCGUGUCGCGUCUAUACACACAUAUAUAGUGCGGCCCUUGAACUGGUGAGUCUCCUGUUCGGGCUAAGUGCUCCUGUAGGAUACACUCGCUAGUCCUAAGGAAUCUCAAGAAGCCCCCCGGGAGCCUAUAACCCUCAAAAGCAAAUAAAGAAAGAAAAAGAGAGAGCGAAAGAAGGAUUUUUACGGCAGAGGUGAACAGAAACUCUUUUUGUUUAUUACGCUUUGAUCUACUUCGGUUGUGAACGCGCGACGGAACAGAAGAAACAAGAAAGAGAGAGAGAGAAAAAAAUAAAGGAAGAAGAAGAAGAAGAAGGAAAAGCAAAAGAGAUUAUACAUAUAUAUAUAAAAAAAGAGUAAGGAAUAUUUUCAUACGUCUCGAUAUCCUGUUAAAAACCGUGCUUGGAAAUUCAGUGUAGUGUUUUGAGACGAGCGCAGCAGUAUCGGCAGUGGACAAGCGUGGUUUCUUAAGCAGACUUCAUGCUUGAUCAGGAUUUCAGUCGCAGCCUUUCGCCAGUGUUCGUCAACGAGAGAAAUUGGUAUAGUUGGUUGUUUUCGAAGGAGAUCGCCAAUUAUAUUCACCCUUCACAUCUUAGAAAGGACGAUAUGAAACUAGUUGAGGGAGGCUACGGCGCCAUGGGGACGACCUCGCAGUACUGUCUGCGCUGGAACAACCACCGCAACAACCUGCUGGCGGCCUUCGACCAGCUCCUGCACGUCGAGGCCUUCACGGACGUGACUCUGGCGUGCGAGGACGGCGCCACGCUGCACGCCCACCGCCUCGUCCUCGCCGCGUGCUCCUCCUACUUCCAGGCGCUCUUCGUCAACGCCCACACGGCCAACCACCCCAUCGUGGUGCUGAAGGACGUGCGGGCGUGCGACAUGCGGGCGUUGCUGGAGUACAUGUACCGCGGGGAGGUCAACAUCGAGCACGACGCCCUCCAGGGCCUCCUGCGGGUGGCCGAGAGCCUCAAGGUGAAGGGGCUCGUCGAGGAGCUCGGCAAUGAGACCAACGCCGCCCUCCGCCCGCCCUCGCCGCCGCACGAGGCCUCGCACCCGCCCUCCACGCCCGUCGACGCCCGCGCCCUCCAGGACCUGCCGCCGCGCUCCAGGGUCGAGCCGCCCACCUCGGCGUCCGGCCCCGCCCCUCUGCCGGUGUCGAGCCACGAACAGGUGCGCGCCUCGUCGCCCACGCCCCCCUUGUACCCCUUGCCCCCGCCCGGCCACCCCCUGCACCGCCCCCAGCCCCGCCCCCCGCGCCCUGACCUCCGCGACGCCCGCCCCGACCCCAGGGACCACAGAGACGCCCGCGAGCUAGACCUGCGCGGCGACGCCCGCGACCUGAGGGACCACCUGAGAGAGCACCUGCGGGAGCCCCUCCGCGACGCCCACAGAGACUCGCUGAGGGACGCGCACCGGGACGCCCUGAGGGACCCGCGCGACGCCCACGAGCCGAGGGACGUGCACACCCCCGGCAGCAUGGACUCGGACCCUCCCCGGCCGCCCCUCUCGCUCAUCUCGCCCGUGCCGCACCUGGCGCCGCCCGGGCCCGACUCGCCGCCCCACAAGCGCAAGCGCCCGCAGAUGCUGCCCGAACCCAUGCUCUCGCCCACGCCCAUCCUCCGCACCGCCCUCGGACACACGCACGGCUUCCCGGGGCCCGACAUGAGCUCGCUCGUGUCCCUGGCCUCGUCCAUGAUGCCCCUCCCCGGCCUCCUCAGCUCGCACGUGCCCCACCUGCUGCCCCACGACCACCGCGACCACCUCGAGUCCCCGUACAGUUUGUCGCUGAAGAAGGAACAGCACGACGAGGAAUCCCGCUCGAUGUCCGAUAUCUCGCGCGAGGACGAACAGGAGAAAUCGAAGAUCGAAUCGCUGGCCAACGGACCCCUCCUGCCUGAGUUCAACCCGUACCACAUCGACCCCAACGGCCCCUCGCACUACAGCAACUUCGUCAGCUACGUGCCCACGCCCAAGCCGGAGUGGAAGCGAUACAAGCAGUACACGAAGACUGAUCUCAUGGAUGCCAUCGAAGCCGUCCGGAGCGGCAUGACGGCGCUGCAGGCCUCGCGGAAGUACAAGGUUCCUUCCCGAACGCUGUACGACAAGAUCAAGAAGAUGGGCAUCAGCACCGUGCCCCGCCGCAUGCCCAGCAAGAAGCCCUCCCCCUCGAGCACCGACCUGGAGACCAGCACCGCCGAGACGCACGCCCCGCCCGAGCCCCACGACCCGCCCCCCAGGGACACCAGGGACGCCAGGGACCCGUCCCUCCCGGAGCACGACAAGAGGCACCUCAAGAGCGCGACCAGCGACGAUGACGACCACUCGGCCUCGGGCGCCCCCGUAGUCAUCGACGACGAGGACGAGUCGUCCUCGCCGACGCCGGCCCUCGGGUCCUUCUCGCUCGUCGGACGCAAGAUGUACGAGAACGGCGCCGGGGAGUCCUCGGCCAAGCCCCUCGACCUCACCGACACGGAGUCGCUCCUGCCCAAGCGAGCCGAGAUCGAGGAGCGGGCCUAAGGCGGCGGCGGAGGCAGCGGAGUGACGCGCCCCUGUCCGCCGGCGUCGAGGCACGUAGUUCAAAUGGCCAGCGCGGGGCCGGGCCGCCCUUGGGCUCGCGCCUCCUAGCCAGCGCCAUCUUCAUUGCACUCAGGUUAUCUGGAGGUCGUCUCGAGGACCAGUCAGUCUCAGUAGUUCGUCUCCCGUCGAGGAACUGACCUCCAGCAAGGGUUGUGACCUCUCUUAGUCCUCAGGGGGUUGAAGGCGACGUCCGAAGUCUCGCAAGGAGUUCGAACCUGGCACUACCAUCGCCUGCAUUUCCCGGAUUGCCUUCAGCGUCUACUGGUGGGCUCACCUCAGGUUAUUUCCCGCCUUUCAACGGCUCACACAGUGUUAGAAAGGGCGCCUGCGAACACGUCUUGCUUGCAAGGGACAGAAAGUGAGCUGGCCAAGUGCUUGAAGGCAGUGAUUUCCCCCUUGGCACGCAGGAGGAGUGAAGUGAGAGAGGGUAGUCACAUAGGGCAUUACCGAGCUCCUCCGCAGGCAAGCGAGACGCAAGCCAGCCACAUCGCAAGCAAGACGGGUUGGAAGCCGCGGCCCUAGAGAGUUGUCCUUUCUUUGAGUCUGAGCGGGAGAAGUUGACUUAGUCUUUUGUCUGUGAGUGUCUCCCAGUGUUGGACGUUUCGGGAAGACCCAUAAGAGUGACGGAUACGUCGAGGCGGCACGCGGGGCAGGGCCACGGGGGGGCGGCGGGCAAAGCUCGUGGGGGCGACAAGAUAGGGGAGAAAAGCGGAGACAAAGAAAAGAAAAGAAAAGACGCUGGCGAGUGUUGCUACCCGAUCAAGACGGGUCUGCCUGCAGUCUGUCUGUCAGUCUCUCUCCCUCGCGAAGGAAAAGGCAGUUGCCCCCACUCCCCCUCUCCCCCCACCACCCUACCUUCUCCUGUGCCGUCUUGACCCAUCUGUGUUAUGCCGUGGUAAUCAAAAUGUACCCCAUGUGUUACUCACGAUUUUCAAGAUUUAGAGAAUGUAUCCAUAGUUGUAAGUAUGCAGUCUUUACUUGCUCUUGAUGUAUACUAAAUACCUCACCUAAACCAAGGACAUUGUAUACGAGGACCUCUCAAAAGAUAUGGGUGGACCUGUUACGGUAAAAAAUAGUAUACGAUCAGAAUUAUAAAUCUAUAUAUGUUCAGAUUUACUUUCUUUAUGAAUGCAUAGUUCUAGUAUGGACACUAAUGUGAGAAUGAUGUUUAUAAGUUGUUGUUGUGUUUUUUAUUAUGUUAUAUUUCAGCGUGUAUGAUAUUAUGGUAGAGAAUAGAACAUUCAUUUUUGAGUAUACGAGUGGUAUGGAAUAGGGCACGCAAGGCCAUUUUCCCCCCACGAAAACUGUAGUUAAGAUUGACUUUGUUCAGGAAAAAAGGAAAAUUACCAGUCCUCUCCCCCUUCUAACAAAAAAGAGGAAAUCCUGAAUGCGGUCUGGAGGAAAAAUGAGGAAAAAAGAAGGAAGGAAAGAUACUUAAAGAAAAGGAGAAAGAAAGUAAUAAUCGGUGAUGAUAAUGAAAAAAAUGAUAUUCAUAACUUCAUGUAUGAUUUAAGAGAACUUUUUUUUAGUUUUUUUUUAUAUUUUUUUGUCUUUCUUUCAAGACACCAUUUUGACUCGUUAGUGAAUGAGAGAUGAAUUUGCCCCAAAUUUUGAAGGUGGAUAAAUUUUAAAACAUAAAACACCAAUAUUGAAAAGAUCAGAUAAAGAAUCAUAACGCGAUUGAUAGAACGAAGCCCUGUGAGAUUUUUCUGUGAUGAUAAAAAAAAAA